AUGAACAGUUUGAUCAUUGGCAGAGACAUUGCUAUGAAAAGCGAAACCGAAAGGAACAAAAUAAUCAAGAAAGCGAUCAAGGUAUCGGCGAUGCUGGUAGCUCAGUUUGCUUUUGGAAUGCCGAUCACAUAUUGUCUCGUAUACGUCCUGAUACCUCUGUAUGGCGAAGUAUCUGACACCUACAGAGCGAUUAUAGCCGGGGCAUUGCCUCUAGUUACUGCUAUAACGAAGAUGAUUGUACGCUUGGCGGCGCAAAGAAUCGAUUUCCUUCAUCCAGGAGAUUCUCACAUAUUAUUAAGCGUCCUCCACAGCGCAACUGCCAUCGUUUUUCGUGUUAUGCAAGCAGAACUGACCAGCCUCCGACUUUUCACUCUACUCAGCUUCGUGCAUGGUGCAAUAGACUUGCUGGAAAGUUUGACUAUCGUUAUUCGCGAUUAUUUUUGGUACUUUGUUUACAAGAAGCUCAAAAGAGACAGUGGUGAAACCAUUUUAAGAGCAAGUCAAUUUCGCUCGCCAAGAAGCAUGCGCUUUUUGGCCGAUAUGAGCAUUCAGACGAUCCUUUUCGAAUCAACAUCAUUGAUAGCAGCGGUCGGUUUCAUUCAGCUUUACAGCUUCAUGUACAACCGCAAUGAUGCUUCCUUGGCGUCUAUCGCCCAAUUUUUCAUUCGCGUCUCCAUUGGUAUUAGCAUCGAUUUCGUUUUUAACUCGUUCUCGUUUUGGCUGCAGAUGUCGUAUUCAAAUAUCGCAGUGGUGCGCGUCUGGUGCACGAAAUGGCGGAAACAUAUGCUCGUUGCUUUUAUUUUGACUGCAAUGACACUGUGUUACUUUACACCUCACUUGUUUGCUGUUGUUAAGGCUAAACACACUUCAGUAGUAAGAAUAGAUGAUAUCGGUUGCAAGGGUCCUUUCUCAAAGUUUUAA